AUGAUGGGUGGAGAAGUUAUCAUUGAGAAGAACCCUGAGAAAAAGUUUUGUGUUGCGAGGAAGGAACCUCUAUGUGAUAGUGUCAUUUGGGAUUUGUUACAGAACUAUUAUCGAAAGGCAGCAAUAAAUGCAUGGAAAGAAAAUGUAGUUCCAUCAUUUGUAACUAGCAAUAGUAAGAUAGCUAAAGAUUACGCUAGAGUGAUAAUUAAUUACAUGAGAGACUGGUUUAAUAGUACAGAAUGUGAUAGAAAUGUUCCUAUAUACAUAUUAGAGAUUGGUGCUGGACAUGGGAAAUUUACAUACCUAAUUUUAAGAGCAUUAACAAAAUAUCAAAAAUAUUUUAAGAGCAUGAACUUGCCUGAGAGACCAUUUGUAUAUGUUUUCACCGACAUUGCAAAAGAUAACAUUACAUAUUGUAUGAACAAUGCAAGGUUAAAAAGGUUUAUUAAUACAAGGGAUAGUUGUGAUGGCACUUACACAAGUAAAAAUAAUUUUUGUUAUGAUUCUGAGUUUGAAAAAGAAGAAACUAUCAAUUAUGAUUCAUGUACAAACAGUUCUGGUUAUUCUUCAUCUAAUAAUGAGACAAAUUAUUCAGAAGAAAAAAAUCGAAAUUAUUACAAUUUUUCAAUGCUUGAUUUUGCAUACUUUGAUGGAAAUGAAACAAAUGAUAAAAUUUAUUUACAGAUUUCUAAAAAUUAUAUUCCUUCAAAUACACCAAUUGUUCUGAUUUGUAACUACGUCUUGGAUUCAUUACUAACUGAUGCAUGGAUUGUCAAUGGGGAAAAUGAUUUUAGAAGGGCACUUCUUUCUGUUUACUCUCCAAAUGUAGAAGAAGACAAAACCAGUGCAGACAUUAUGCUACGUAUGUCUGUAACAUGGGAUUGGGAAAAGGUAAAUAUAGAUGAGGAAAUUAAGAAAGAAAAGGCAGAAAAAGGAGAGAAGGUAGAAAAGGCAGAAAAGGGAGAGAAGGUAGAAAACGCAGAAAAAACAGAAGAAAGGGCAGAAAAACCAUCUGAUUACUUAAAAAAGUAUCCAGAUAUUUAUAAAGUACUCAAAUUAUAUUCAUAUUUUAAUCAGACUUUAUCUUUUGUCUUGCCAGUAGGUGCAUUCAUAUUAUUUAAUAGAAUUUUAAAACUUAGUAACAAUAAACUCUUAUGCUUAAUUGGGGAUAAAGGUUAUCAGUCAUAUGAAGAAUUUAGAGGAUAUAGAGAACCACAUAUAGUAGUCCAUGGUAGUCUUUCCUUCAUGGUUAAUUUACAUGCUAUCUGUCUUUACUUUCUUUCUUUGGGAGGAUAUUAUAUACACACACCAUAUUCUGAUAGCUUUCAGAUAGUAACUCUCUUGAUGCACAACAAAUGUAGGGAAAAAGAUUGUGAAUUGAAAAUGAUAGAAGAGAUGAAUGGAAUUGGUGGGGGUUGUAAUUCCUUGGAUGAUUCUACAAAUUUGCAUUCUGCUUGUGCAUCUGAUUGGAAAGGAAAAGAUAAAAUAAGGGAGAGAAAACAUUUUUGCAUUUUGGAUUAUUUUAAAAAGAAUUCUCAAGAAAUGCAUCUAAAGAAGAGAUAUCAAAAACAAGUGAGUGUAAGUACAUCAUCGUCCAGUUGGAAAUUAAAAGAAAAUACAGGAAUGAACAGAUCAAAUUGGAGCAAACGAUCCUCAGGUGAUGAGAAUGUGUACAAAAAAAUGAAAAAGAUAAAUUUGAAAAAUUUAAAUAAUAUGUCGAUAAAAUUUGGUGGAACCAUUUCAUCCUUUUUUGAUAACAUGGAACAGUUUCCACCUGAUAUUUUAAUUAGCUGGCAAAAAGCAAUUAUUCAUAAUAUUAAUAAUAACCCUACAAAUGUAAGCAUAAAAGAGUUAAUAUCUUUAUUAAGAUAUUCAAAUCAUGAUUCAGAUGUAUUUUUCAAUAUACGAAAUUUGUUCACUAAUUUGGCUAGUUACCCAAAUAUUAAUGGAAGAACAGAAAAAGAUAUUUUGUUAGAUAUAAAAGAAUGUUAUGAAAAUUAUUAUUCUUUAAAAAAUGAUGAAGACAUUGCAGAUGUAUGUGGUCAUGUGUGUAUGAAAUUUGGAGAAUUUGAAAAGUCCAUAUAUUACAUGAAACAAAGUUUGCGUAACUUUAAGAAUACACGCCAUUCUUCAACAUAUAUUAACAUUGCAUCUUGUUAUAAAGUCUUAAGAAACUAUCACAAGUCUAUUAGAUUCAUCAAAUGUGCUAUCAAAAUGUCUAAUAAGGAAAAUAAAAAAGCUGAAAAAAUUAAUAAAAAUGGACUCAAUAGUUACACAAAAUUUUCGCAAAAUAAUAUAAACCAUUCAUAUGAUUUAUUAUACAAUAUUCAGUUUUGCCUUAACCCAAUUACUUAUGCUAUUGUGGGUAUCAACUAUUUCGUACAAAAUGAUGGCUUAUACUAUUUGUCCUUUGAAAAUAGAAUAAAACUCAAAUAUAUUUUUUUACUUUCAAGAGAAGAAGAAUCUGUGUUAACCUUUAUGAACAUCAAGUAUAAAAAUUCUGCAUAUGAGAAAAGUACUAGAAAUAUGGAUCUAUCAGAAAUUAAAGUUGUUAAAAUUUACAAUAAUAAUGAGGUAGUAUCUAUGAGUAAUUGGAACAACACAUCGGAUGGUAUUAACAAAAAUAUUGAUUCAAAACAAUUGAAAGGAGUGAAUAAAGGAGAAAAAAAACAGUCAUACAAAAAUAUAACAAAUUUGAAAAAGAAUUUAGUUGACUGUUUAACCAUGUACAAAUUUCAAUUUUGUGUAAUCGAUGUCCCUUGGGUUAUUAAGGCCGAUAUUGCAGAAUUGAUGCUGGAGAACUCAAAGCAUAUCUUCACUUAUGGUACUUUAUCUGACAGCUCUAAACGCUGUUUAGAAGUGAUUUCGAAAUAUAAAAAGAAUUCUAAACAAAUUAGUUGGGUAAACAACAAUUAUAUCCAUGAUGAAUGUUUAUACGAAGCAAAAGAUGCAUUAAAGUACAUCAAGAAUAUCAUCUCAGUUACGGUAACUCACUACAGUAUGAAUUUGUAUAACAAUCAGAAUGAUUCCAUUCCUAGUGCUGACAUUUUAACUGAGGACCUGUGCACGAUUUUGAAUAUAUUGCAAAUUGUCUUGCAUCUGAAUGUUACUGGAUUGACUGCAAAUUUUUUGAAGAAGCAAAGUGGGUUCAGUGGUGCUCACGCCGUGCAGGGGGUUAGCUCAGAAGGGAAUCCGCAAGACAGGAUUGACGAGCAGCCCCAAGACAAACUGGACAAGCAGCCCCAAGACAAACUGGACGAGCAGCUCCAAGACAAACUGGACGACGCAACUGGGAUGACAGGGACUUCUCCCCCAGAGGUAACACAAGAAGAAGAGAAAAAAACUGUAAAUCUAGAAGAUGAGCACUAUGUGUCCCUCUCAGGUAUACUAAUCUUCCAGCAGCAGAAAAAUGCAUCAGAGGAAAUGGAUGUACAUGGAAAUUACCUUUUGAUGAAUAACAGGAAUGAGGAAUUUCUUACAAAAAUUAACUUUGUUGGAGUUCAUGGUUCAUUAUGUUUAAAAAAAACAUUAUCCAAUUGGUCAGUUCAGGUUUUUAACUCUGACAAUGAAAAGGUUAUCGAAAAGUCGGGAAGAAUUGCAGCUAGCCAAAAUUCCAAUGAUGUGUUCAUUAGUCAGUAUUUGAUAAAAACAGAUGGAAAGUGCAACGGGGUGAAGCAUUUUUAUGAGUAUGACUUGAAGGGUUCAGGAAACGGUUCCAAUGAAUCCAUUGAUUCGGACAUCGAUAUAUUGGAGAUAUCUUCAGACGAAGAAUGGAAUAAUACAAAUAAAAAUGGGUCGUAUGCAAAAGUUGCAUCUGGUCAGGUAGAUGCAGCCUCUGAUGCAACGAUUGAUCAAGGAAUGGAUAUGAAGGAAAAGUACUGCGAUCUGCAUGAGCCUCCCACGAACCCAGAUGCAGCAUUGGCUAUGAAUCCAAACUGUGAUAACAUAUUUGUUGACAAAAAUUUGGAAUAUCUGAAAAAUAUCUCUGGUAAAAGAUUUUACUCUAUUGGGAAGGAAGUGUAUGAAAACAUAAACAUAGAUGAAUCAUAUAUUGACGUCACAGUUAAUAAUAAUUGCUUUUAUUCCAGAAUUGUUGAAGGGAUACAAAUGUCACAUAAAAAAGGAGGAAUCAUGGUUAAUUUUAGGUAUAAUUCGGGACAGUGA